GAUUUAACAGUUAGACGAAGAACAAUAGAAAAAGAUACAAGACAACAUGGACGCUUAGUCAAGGUGUUCGUAGCUGUCAAAAGUAUUUGUAAAUUUUUUCAAAAACUAGAUCGUUAUUAUUUAAUAUUUAAUAUUCAAAUAGUUCAUCAGAGAAAUUUUUUUUAAUACAAACAUUCAAAUAUUCAUAAAAAAUGCUAACUGCAGCAGCAAAUACGUUGUCCAAUAACACAGGAGGGUCUUACAGCAAUGACCGACCUUCUGGUGGAACAGGAGAUUCAGAAUUGGGUACUGAUCCAGCUACUGGAGGUUUUUUUCAUUCAGAUUAUAAAAAGCAUGAAGAUCUUAAGCAAAUGUUAGAUAGUAAUAAAGAUGGACUUAAAUUAGAAGCUAUGAAACGGAUUAUAGGCAUGGUUGCCAAAGGACGAGAUGCUUCCGAUCUUUUUCCAGCAGUGGUAAAAAAUGUUGUAUCAAAAAAUAUUGAAGUAAAAAAAUUAGUAUAUGUUUAUUUAGUAAGAUAUGCAGAAGACCAACAGGAUUUGGCUUUACUAUCAAUUUCUACAUUUCAAAGAGCUUUAAAAGACCCGAACCAAUUGAUUCGAGCAAGUGCAUUAAGAAUUUUGUCUAGUAUACGAGUUCCUAUGAUUGUUCCAAUUGUUAUGCUGGCUAUAAAAGAUUCUGCAAGUGAUAUGUCACCAUACGUUAGAAAGACUGCUGCUCAUGCAAUACCUAAACUAUAUUCUCUAGAUCCAGAACAAAAAGAUGAGUUGAUUAGUGUGAUAGAAAAACUGUUAUCGGAUAAAACGACGUUAGUCGUUGGAUCUGCAGUGAUGGCUUUUGAAGAAGUUUGUCCAGAAAGAAUAGACUUAAUCCAUAAAAAUUAUCGAAAACUUUGCAAUUUGCUGGUGGAUGUUGAUGAAUGGGGACAAGUAGUGAUUGUUAAUAUGCUAACUCGAUAUGCAAGAACACAAUUUGUUAAUCCGAAUUUAGAUGAAACCGAAGAAGAUCCAAAUCGACCAUUUUAUGAGUCUGACUCAGACUCCUCCAAUGUUAAAAAGCCUAAAUUUUCAUUGGAUACAGAUCACAGACUAUUACUAAGAAAUACUAAACCUCUUUUGCAAAGUCGGAAUGCAUCAGUAGUUAUGUCUGUGGCUCAAUUAUAUCAUCAUGUAGCACCUCGCAGUGAAGUGAUCAUAGCUGCCAAAGCAUUGAUCCGAUUAUUGAGAAGUCAUCGAGAAGUUCAAAGUAUAGUUCUUCAUUGUAUAGCUAGUAUAUCUAUUUCAAGAAAGGGAAUGUUUGAGCCAUUUCUUAAAUCAUUCUUUGUCAGAACAUCCGAUCCAACUCAUAUAAAAUUAUUGAAAUUGGAUAUACUUACUAACUUAGCAACCGAAACAAGUAUAGGAGUAAUAUUGAGAGAAUUUCAGACAUACAUUUCUAGCAGUGAUAAAGAAUUUGUUGGUGCUAGUAUUCAAGCAAUCGGCAGAUGUGCAAGUAACAUUAAAGAAGUUACAGAUACGUGUUUAAAUGGAUUAGUGUCGCUAUUAAGUAAUAGAGACGAAGUUGUUGUCGCAGAAAGUGUUGUUGUAAUAAAAAAACUUCUGCAAACUCAGCCUAAUGAACAUAAAGAUAUUAUAGCACACAUGGCCAAGUUGAUGGAUUUCAUAACAGUUCCUCAAGCAAGAGCUUCAAUUCUAUGGCUACUAGGAGAAUACUCAGAUCGUGUGCCUAAAAUAGCUCCAGACGUACUUCGAAAAAUGGCAAAAAGUUUUACGAAUGAAAAAGAUAUCGUUAAAUUACAAGUUUUAAAUUUAGCAGUGAAAUUAUGCUUGAAUAAUCCUGAACAGACAAAAUUAUUUUGCCAAUAUGUCUUUCAACUUGCCAAAUAUGAUCAAAAUUAUGAUAUUAGAGAUCGAGCACGAUUUCUUCGACAUUUUAUAUUCGAUGAAAAUAAUUCUGAAAAUAAACUUCCACAAUAUGCUAAGAAAAUAUUCUUUGCUCCAAAACCAGCACCAACUCUUUCGUCUCGUUUUAAAGGCUCUCAAUAUCAGUUAGGUACUUUAUCUCACUAUCUUGACAUGCCUUGUGCUGGAUAUCGACCAUUGCCUGAUUUUCCUGACGUUGCACCGAAUCCUUCUGUUCGAGAUAUUGCAGAACCAGUGCCAACUCAUGAGCUGCGAGAAAAACGAUAUAGUAGAAAGGAAAAGAAAGUUAAAGAAAAAGCAUUUUACAGCGACGAUGAAAGUACUCCUGCUGAUGAAUCCGAAGAUGAAUCGUCAGAAAGUUCUUCAGAGGACUCUUCUGGUUCCGAGGAUAGUAAUUCUUCCAAUUAUUCAUCAGGAUCAGAAAAAUCUGAAGAUAGGUCAAUUAAAAAAAUAAAGAACACUGAGAAAUCAGAAACAUCAAAUAGUGAAUCGAACUCAGACGAGUCUGAAUCCGAAGAGGAAAGUGAAGACUCGUCAGAAAGUGAAGCUGAAUUAAAAAAACCUGAACCAGAAGUCCAUGUUAAGAAAGAACCGGUUAAAGAUAAACCGAAGAACAAUCUCGAUUUGCUUUUAGAUUUAGAUGAUGUAAUUCCAAUGACUCCUGUUAUGACACCGAGUUUAGGAGGAUUUUUAACUCCAAUAAAUGUAAUGAAUAUUAAUGGUAUAACAGAAGUAUCAGCAUCUUUCACGCCAUUAAAAAAAACGGAACAUUUAAAUAAAAUUUCUGGACGAGGAUUAAAAGUAGAAUCACGUUUCACAAGAUGUCAACAUUUAGUUAGUGCAGCUUUUGUUAACAUUGAAUUAACAUUUACAAAUGAAAGCACUGAAAUUAUCAAUAAUAUUAGAGUUGGUUCAAAGAAUUUAUCUGGAGGAAUGAUGAUUCAUGAUUUUUCACCCAUUUCGACAAUACCAUUAAAUGCUACUGUAUCAUCAACACUAGGAGUUAAUUAUAAUGAUUCCACACAACCAGCAAAAUUUAAUAUUGAAUUUACCAUAAAUGAUGAGACUCAUUCAUGUCCUAUUAAUUUGAAAGCUCCUGUUGGAGAAAUUAUUCGCGCUGUCCAGCUUUCUGAAUCUAUGUUUACAACUGAAAAAGAUAAAUUGAAAGGCAUGAAUGAACAUAAUACGAAAUUAACAUUUACAGGAACAAAAAAAGAACUUGUACAGAAAGUGUAUGAAGUUGCUAAUUUAGCUUUAAUUUCUAAUGAAGAGGAUUCAUUGAGAUUUGCAGCUCAUACACUGACUUCUAAAUCUCUUGCACUGAUUACAGUAAAAUUGUUGGAUAAUCAACAAAUUGAAAUAAGUGUAAAUUGUGAAAAAAUGGUUAUAGGAUCAAUGUUACUCAAUGAAAUUAAAGGGUAUUUGCAGUAAAAAUAUUGAUAAGGAAUUUAAAAGUUAUAAAGUUUAUGGUUAAAUAAUUAAAGUAAAAACAAAUGUUAAUAUUUGUAAUAUUGAAUUUCUAGAAUGAGUUAUGCCACGUCGAUUCCAUUUCAUUCCAGAAAAAUUUUACAGUUGGAUAAAUGUAUAUUUAUACUUCUUCGAUACUUCGGUAAUGAACGAAAAAUCCAUUUCACAAAAUGAACUAUUUUCUUUAAUAAAUACUCACUACUAAUUU